GUUACUCGGGUGUGAGCGAAGGGAGACGACGGAGCUGUCAAACAGCAACAAUCGCCUGAAAUAUUAUCCCGGGCCGCGGUACAACAAACACCGUCCUUUGCUCUUUUGUGGAAACAAGGACGACAGAAACAGACUUCGAGGUCACUUUGAGCCUUUGGGUAUAUGGACUCUUAAGCCGUCGGCGACGAAAAACUUCCCGUUUUGUGUGUGUUAGUGGUGCUUAGGCUAAUGUUUGUUAGCUUUUCUCUUAGCUUAGUUUUGUUGACAAACUAGCCACAGAGUGCGGGGCUGCGUUACCAACUUCGCUGUUUCGGGGGGUGUUCGUUUGCCGUUUUCAACACACGCUAGCCGGGGGAAAAGGCAUGGAACUCAGCUUAAACUGUUCUUCCAAACGACUCUGAAAUAACAACAGGUCUCCAAGGGCUCCCUAUACAUCUGUCAAACAUGUGAAAACCCUCUCAUCCAGGUGGACUCCCCAGUUACAAGCAGUGAGGAACUCGACUAGUAGGAAACAUCUUGGAUGCAGCCAGCGUGUGUCACCAGGGCUGCCCUAAACAACAUUUAAAGCUGAAGUCUAUAAGAAGGCCCAUUUACCCUCACUGGUAUCACCAUCUUUCACAUCACCAUGGACCGGAAUAAACGCAACUCCAUCGCUGGGAUCCCUACGAGACCCGAGCGGAUCAGUGAGGACAAAGAUGGUAUCGGAGGGGUAGGGGUCUGCGAGAUGGCCAUGGGCCCGCCCUCACAGGCGGGCAGGGUAUGGCCAUCAUCCUACAGAGCCCUCAUCAGUGCCUUCUCCUGUCUUACACGCCUUGAUGACUUCAGCUGUGAGUGGAUUGGCUCGGGAUUCUUCUCUGACGUCUUCAAGGUACGUCAUCGGGCUACAGACCAAGUUAUGGCUCUGAAGAUGAACAAGCUCAGCAGCAACAGAGCUAACAUGUUGAGAGAGGUCCAACUAAUGAACCGGCUUUCCCAUCCACACAUACUCAGGUUCAAAGGAGUGUGUGUCCAUGAGGGCCAGCUUCACGCUCUGACAGAGUACAUCAAUGGUGGAAACCUGGAGCAGCUUCUAGACAGCAACAAACACUUGAGUUGGCCCACGAGGGUGAAACUGGCCUGUGAGAUCGGCAGCGGCCUGGCCUACUUGCACUCCAAAGGCAUAUUCCACCGGGACCUCACCUCCAAGAACUGCCUGAUCAAAUGUGAUGACAACUGCUACACCGCGGUGGUGGGAGACUUUGGCCUGGCAGAGAAGAUCCCCACCAAUCUUGCUGAAGUAGAGAAACUGUCUGUGGUUGGUUCUCCUUUCUGGAUGGCUCCAGAGGUGCUGAGGGAUGAGCCCUACAACGAGAAGGCGGAUGUGUUCUCCUACGGCAUAGUCCUGUGUGAGAUCAUUGCGAGGGUCCAGGCUGACCCAGACUUCCUCCCCCGCACAGAGAACUUCGGCCUGGACUAUCACACGUUCCAGCACAUGGUUGGAGACUGUCCGCCGGACUUCCUCCAGCUGGCCUUCAACUGCUGCAAUAUGGAUCCUAAACUCCGUCCAUCCUUCCCAGACAUCGUCAGACACCUCGAGGAGAUUCUCGCACGCCUUAAAGUUGAAGAGAUGGAGCACGAGUGCGUCCCACUCAGCGGGGACAACGACAAGAAGACCAUACCCAAAGGUGAGAAGAUCCAGGGCUUCAAGCGACUGAACCCUCUGGGCUUCCAGGACGACAAAAUCCCGCCGAAAUCCCCCCGCCCCCGCCGGAACAUCUGGCUCAGCCGCAGCCAGUCGGACAUCUUCUCCUGCAAACCAGGAAGGAAAGUCAACGUCCAGGACCCUUACUAUAACCCCCCCAUCGCUCACCUAGCCUCUAAAGCUCGCAAGAUCAACCCGUUCACCGCCCGCGAGGACCUGUGCGGGGGGAAGAUCAAGUUUUACGAUGUUCCCAGCAAGUCGGUCUUCUCGCUGGUGUUCGACCUGCACUCUCCUCCGGGGAGUGUGUUCAGCGCCCAGCCGUCUGCUCGGGGGCCCGGAGGAGCCCAGCAGGAGACGUCCUACUACUGGCAGCAGUUGCCGGGGAGACAGUGUCACUCCCUACCGGUGUCCCCCCAGCUGCCCCGCUCCGACAUCUUCCACCUGGCGGCUGCCGCUGUCAGCUCCAACAACAACGGCUCCGUCACCUGUAACCUCAGCCAGCUCUCCACAACGCUGCCACCAACUAACUGCAGGUGUGACGCAGGCCUGAUGGGAAAUGACGUCCGGCAGAAGGGAGUGCUGGGCGGCUGGGUGAAGAAAUACGUCGUGGUUGAGAUCCCGCCUUACUGCCGGCAGAGAGGAAGGGAGGAGGAACGAGAGGGAGAGGGGAGGAAGGAGGGAAACGAGGAGGAUGAGCCUGGGGAGAGCUGGUCUCCGAUGGUCCCCAGCAGCGACAGAAACAGUGGAGAGGCGAUGGACUGCUCCAGCAGCCUGGCCGAAGGUGAGGGACCAGAGAGAGGGGCAGAAACACCCUGCCCCAUGUAACACACACACACACACACACACACACACACACACACACACACACACACACACACACACACACACACACACACACACACACACACACACACACACACACACACACACACACACGGAGGAUGUGGUGGAUUUGGAAAAGAGAGGGGGACUUUUUUUCCCCCGGACAGAGGACAUAGAGGCAGCAGACUGAUCGACCGGACACAUUUCAAAGGUUUUGGAAAAAUAAAACGUAAAAAGAAGAGAAAAACCACUUUUUUUUUUUUGUCUGUCAAGUGAAUGUAUAACAUGUGGAUUAAUAAAUCAAGCACACCUGAUGUAGAUAAAUAAGUCUCUUUCAAAGAUAUAUUAUCACCUAGGUGUGACAGGACAAGUCUCCAUUCAGCACAAAAAAAAAAAAAGCUUUUGUCAACACAAUGGACACUUGGCAUAGAGAUUAUUUUUUUGAAAAAGGUUUAUAUUUAAUAUUGCGAGAUGAUGUAGAUUUUGUUUUUUUCUUUUUAAGUUAGGCGUCUUGUCCAUGACGAGGUGUAUUGAAGAUCCCUUGUGUUGUGUAUGUGUGAGUGUUUAAAAAUCAAGGCUCGUGUUUUGAUACUUUCCUCCCGUGUUCUUUGUUAGACAAAUGUUAUAAUAAAAAAUUAAAAAAUCCCAUAUUUUUCUGAUUAACAAGACAAAAUUUAGAGGUGAUUUAGAAUAACUGAGUGCGUGAAAAGCAACACUCAAGGGACAGUUUAAUCUCCAACCAUGUUAGCAACCCCCCCGAACUAGACUGCAGAAGUAAAACAUUUCAUCAAGUCUCCUCCAUGUCAUUGACAGGGAAGUCUGCCUAACAGCGAUGGUGAAUUAAGAGAGGAGCCACUUGAUGACUGAUAGUGGCCUUUUUGUUGGGUCAGCUGUGCUGUAAAUCAGCCAAGCUGACAACAUUCAACAGUCAAAGCCGAGCAUUCACAGGCAGUGUUGGCGAGACAUCCCAUCCAGAACACAAAUUUUGGGCAAACACGGAUGGUGUAGUAAAAGGACCUUGUAAAGUUAGUUUUUUUUCGCAUUUAAAAGUUGCUGCUUGAAUGCCAACUUUCAAAUCUCGGAUGUCAGAGUUUAAUCGAACGCACCACCAAGUUUCCUCUUGCCUCUCUAUUCACACACAAUGACGAUGAAAUUGUCAAAAAAAUAUAUUUAGAAGCAAAGCAAAGAUUUAAAGCAAGACUAUGUGACUUUUGAAAGAAAAAAUCCACUUUCACCCUCAAGAAUGUAGUCAUUAAAGCAACUCACUUCAGAAAAUCCAACAUGAAUUUAAAUUCAGUGUGCCAUCAUGCUGUAAUUUAUGGCUACAGUGGUUGUCGUGCUGCAAAAGUUGCAUAGUCUCGCUUUAAAGUCCAAUCUGAAAUUUCUAGAAACCAGGAGCUCCCUGAAGAUGGGAAAUCAAAUGUAUGUCCACCUUAGUAUGGCUUGGUAUCGUUCAGAAAUAUUAAAUUCCGAUACCGUGUUCUCAAUACCGGUUCGUAAACGAUACUUUUUUUCAAUACCAAUUUUAUGAAACAAAAAGAAAUGACAUCACAAACCUUUUUAUUUAUUUUUUCAGCUCCCGCUACGUGAGCCCCGUCUCUCUGUGUAACGUAGAGUUUUUCCCUGCGUGCUUCUACGUCGUAGAAGUUAGACCGCCAAUCACGGACAUUAUUAGAUCUUGGUAGAAGCAUGCUGAGUGCUUAUUGGCUCACUGAUGCUGAUUUACUUCUUGGUUACUGAAUGACGAGGCAUUUUUCCAUACUCGAUACUUUAGAGGCAACACGGUCGGUGCCUAAAAAGUAGUGAAUUCGGUACCCAGCCCUAAACCGCAGUAAUGUAAAUUAUACAUCAAUUACAUACAAAAAAAGAUAAUACAUUUGUCGAAAUGCUGCCAAAACAUCCUGUAACAAACAGCGAUUACUGUUGAUGCUCCUUACAGAUUGUAGGUUAUCAGUUAACCAGAAGGUUGCCAUGGUGGUGCUGAGAUGACGAGUGGCUUUCUUGGUUCCUGCAUGCAGCCUGUAAAUGUAUACCGUCCCAUGCAAAGACAAAAUUGGAUGUGGUUAAAACAAAAUUUGGAGCAAUACUUUUAAAUCCCACACAAACACCACUAGGUUUAAUUCUGUCUCAACCCCAGCGUCUUAAAGAAAAAAAAGAUACGGGUAAACUUCAUUCACCUAUAAAGUCAAAAGAGACUUCAGGUUAUGGAAGCAUUUGAGUUGAAAGGAGCAGAUGACUCAGUUUCACAGGAUACAGCCCCGGGGUUGGAUGAAUAAUAUUUUGGUUUUGGGGGGAACCGGCACAAUCUGGUCUUUCAGUUCUUACCACUCAGACAUGCCUGUUGUCGAGUUUUCCACUCUGCUGUGAGGAAAACGUCCAAAUCGAGCUGACAAAGAGCCGAGCUGAGUAGCGUUUGAAAACUAUCAACUAUCACAAAUUAUUAGCGCUCAACAAAUGAAUACACUUUUUUUUCUUUUCUUGCAAAGAUGGUACAAGCUAACUUCAAGUGGCGGGAUUUGACUUCAAAUCCAAUGUAUAUUUUCGUUUAAUUGGGGCACAUGGUUACACUUUACUUGAAGGUAGCUACAUAAGAGUGACGUGACGCUGUCAUGAACGUGUCAUAAACAUUAUAAACAAGUCAUAAACGUUUAUGACAUAACGCUUCUUUUAGUAAGUGUCGUUCGUUUUUUGUCAUGACUAGUUAUGGUUAGGGUUCAUGUGUUCAUGACAGUGUCAUGUCACUCUUAUGUAGAUACCUUCAAGGAAAGUCUUAGCGAGCACAUUCCCAAUCUAAAGAUAAUAGAGACACACUCCCUAAUUUGUCUAAUGAAAUUGGUGGCGUCAUGACAUUUUCUACCUUUAUCGACACACUCCAGUGGAUAUCUAAAAAUAGACUUCCUUGUCUCACUGCGAAGGUUAGUUUAACAUCACAAUGGUUUUCACUGUUCAUCUAAAUGUUUGUGUACAAACUAAAUGACUGUAGAUUUGUCUCUGUUGUUCCAUUCUGCUGAUCUCAGUCUCAUACAGUCCCAUCACUUCAACAGGAACUAAAAUGCACUUGUACAGCGAUCUCCUAUGAACUAAUCACUACUUUUCUAUGCAACCAAUGUAACGUUUAUGACACUGUUUUACAGUAUAAAGGAUCUAAUUUGAUAUUUAUGAGAAAACCUUUUUAAUGUCUUACCUUUGUAUAUUUGUGUAAAAAGUUUGUGUUACCUGUCUGGAUGAAUACAGAUUGAGAUGUUCUUUUUUUUUUUUUUGCUGAUCGAAUAACAAAGCUUCUCAGAGUUUU